UUAGUGCAGCCACACAUUUUCAAGUGCAACUUGCCGCAAAACUGGUUCGUCUCUCGUCGAGUAUAUGUUGAUCUUUACUCAGAACUCAGUUGUGUGGUGCGGUUCUUACUCAACUGAUCGCUGCACGAUCUUAUCUGAAUCUCCAUCAAAUCAUACGUUUGUUCAAUGCGCGCAUGAAGCUCCAAAUCAGUGCGCGCAAAAAAACGUGAACCAUCCAUAGGCGCCACUCAUGAUUACGAUUGUGGACUACAAUUUACGCGGUUCUCCGCGAUUAUUCUCUAGUGUGACUACUCCAAAACUUGUAAAGUUUAUGACGUUAAAUUUUCUAGAAUAACUUGUUUUCAACGUUAAAUUCUCUACAGUUACUUAUUUUUGUAGUUAGAUUCUCUAGAAUCUAGAGUUUUCAGCGUUAGCUGCUGGUGUUUUUGUGCACAGGUAGAACACAAGGUAAAGUUUUUGACGUUAGAUUCUCUAGUGUGACUUGUUCUCGACAAUAUAGAUUCUCCAGAGUGACUUAUUUUUGUACGGUAGUUAGAUUCUAAGGAAUAUAGAGUUUUUAGCGUUAGCUGGUGCUUUUGUGCACUAUAUUAGAGAACCUGUAAAGUUUUUGAGUUAGUUUUUUUAGUGUGACUUGUUUUCAACGUUAUCAUUCUCCUGAGGACUUGUUUUUGAAGUUGGAAUCUCUGAAAUCUAGAGUUUUUGGCGUGAGUGUAUAUGUUUUUGUGCAAAAUCAACGCAAUGAUCUUCUCGUUUGAACUUGUUUUGUUGAGUCUGUUCAUCCUUGUCUCACACAUCACCACCAAUGCGGCCAGAACAGGUGCAACAUGCAACUCAAACUCGGGCGCAGGCACAUGCAAGCCAAUUGCCCAGUGCAGCCAACUUCCCCGCAUGAGAGCUAGCGGCAAGAGCCCUGUCAUGUGUGGCUUUGACCACACUGGUCCCAUUGUCUGCUGUCCAAGGGUCUUCAGCCCUAGACCCUUUCCUCGACAACCCUUCACCCCCAACAGCAAUCGACCCUUUUUCGAUUUCGACCUCAACGACGAACCCUUCAACACGGCAGAUGACAACAGGAAGCAGACAAAUCUGAUCUACGACAAUCCAGCAAAUAGCUACGACACUCCAGCACUUAUCACUGAUCCCGAGUCUAAUGGUUGGGGUGGUGUGGGCAGGGCUCAGAUGCGGCCCCAAAUUUGGGGCCAGGAGACGACCAGGCGUCCCUCGCUGCACGAGAAACCGGUACAGAACACCUGGCGGCCCCAGAACGGAGCCAAUAUCGGGGAGUCCUCUUUCUCAAACGUUCCGGUGCAGUCGCAGUUCCCAGAUUUGGCGCCUGAUAGUUGGAGCUCUGUCAACAACAACAACAACAAUAAUUUUAACAACAACAACAAUCGAAGACCCCCAUCCAACAACAAUAGCAACAACAAUCGAAGACCCCCAACAAACUCAGGAUCCGGUCUUCGUAGAACGACCACAACUGAAGAGCCGUUCAUCUGGAGUUCAGCGCCUAAGAAAAACAACACCAGAAAUAAACAGGGUGAUAGCGGCUAUGGAAAACCUCGUAUUAGCAGUAUUGUAUGUGAGGAGUACAAGAGAAUGCUGACAAAUGCCCAAUGCUCUGGCCCUCUUCAACUAAUCGUGGGGGGAAGUGAUGCUGAAACUGCCGAAUUUCCACACAUGGUGGCACUUGGCUACAGUAAUCCGACAGAAAUAUCGUGGAACUGUGGAGGCAGCCUUAUAAGCAAGGACUAUGUUCUAACGGCGGCUCACUGCGUCACUCCAAGCAGGAGACCAGUAAAAGUGCGCAUGGGCACACUAAACCUGAACCGGCCUGACGCGACCUAUCAGGACGUAGACGUGAAACGCACGAUCAACCACCCGCGCUGGAGCGACAAAAAGUACUUCGACAUUGCGCUCUUGGAGCUCAGUUGGCCCGUACACUUCACUGCGCAUGCGCAUCCCGCCUGUCUUGCGCAGCCCGAUGAUGACGUCACCAGAGCCACCGCUACUGGGUGGGGCAAGCGCAAUAUAAUUGAACAAUCCGCGACAGAUAAACUUCAAAAAGUUGACAUCAAUGUGAUCAGCAAUGAAGAGUGUCGAAGGAUUUUCAGGAAUCCCGCUUUGACCCAGGGCAUAGUCGACGAAAUGGUUUGUGCAGGGGGAAAUGGCCGGGAUACUUGUCUGGGUGACUCAGGAGGACCCCUGCAGUUCACCAGAGACAGCAACAGAUGUGUGUACCACGUGUACGGGUUGACCUCUUUCGGAGGCAAUGACUGCGGUGAGAUGGGAGUGUACACCAAGGUGUCAUCCUAUCUCAACUGGAUCGAAAAAAUUGUGUGGCCCGAAUAUUUCGACGAAUAUUAACGUUGAUAACUCUUCAAACAAAAUCAGAUAUUGUCCUUAAAAUGUAUGAACUCAGGGCUACUCUCUUUUAUUUAUAGAAUAGAAUUUUUGUAUCCUUUGAAAUUAAUUGAAUAAAUACAUAUUUAUUAAAUAUAUUUUUUUGCAUUCUUAAGGUGCGUACAGACUUUCGCUCUGCUCCGCAAUUGAACGUCACUCUAGCAGAUCGAUUGAUGAUCGACCGGGGAGCAAGAGUGGAAUGCGAGAAGAGCGUGCAACAGAGGUCGCGCUUGUCAAGCUCCUAGGUUGCGGAGCGUGCGUGGGGCGAUUGCGGAGCGAGUGCGGAGCGUGUUGGAGGCGCGUAUAUAUGUACGCACCUUUAAGCUCAACUCACACUUACGCGAUUCAGAUCGAGAAGCGACUCGACUCUAGUGGAGAGCAUGUGUUUCCAAGAUGGUGACACUCAGACCUGUCGAUUCUAGUCUCCGCGCGACGUCAGAGUCGAGUCUUUUCUCGACCUGAGUCGUGUAGGUGUGAGUUGGGCCUUAAUCUAUUAUUUUAUUAAUUUAAAAGGGUACUAUAAUUAUAUUUUAUACGAUAUAAUUAUAUUUUAUACGAAUUAUAUACGAUAGUUGUCAUGCUCUUGUUUGUGUAUUAGUAUGGGUUUAGGUUAUGAUCUGUAGUGCACAAAUGUUGUAUGUCCUAAACCUAACCUUAAAUUGCAAAUGAAUGUUGGACAUACUAUAUGAGUGCACAUAUACAAGAGAGAGUAGACCUAGUAUUUUCAUACACAAUCAUUACAUGUCCAAUCUACAAUAUCUGUGCUCUGAAGGUAUUCUUCUCUGUUCAGCUGGUACUGCAAUUAUUGGACAUGCUACGAGUGUGCAGAGUGAAAUUAGAUCAUAUCGAACUGUGCACUUUUUCCUUUGAUGAUUUUUAAUGUAUUUUUCCUAUUGUAAAAUGGACAUACAAUAUAUAUGAUCUGAAAGAUGAAGUUCUCAGCUUUCCAAAUAUAUAAAAAUGUCGGAAUCAACAAAAAGUGGACAUACAGUGUUUGUGCUUAUAACCGACGAUAUGCUACUCCUACUGGCGAACAAGUGAUUUUCACUUAUGCCAGUGGUUUCAUUUCCACCUCUUGUACCUUUAUUUUGUUGAUAGAAUGUAAGUAAACUAGAUUAAGGUACAUUAUCCUAAAUUUUGUAAUUGUUGAAUUUUGUGGAGGAAAUAAAUUUGAUUUGAAUUUGAAUUGAAUUUUAUAAACAGGUAUUGUCCUACCUGAUCGAAAAAGUAAAGUGGCCCAAGUAUUUUGAGUCUCUGACGAGUAUUAACUUGAAUAAUCGCGUCAUUAUUUGAAGAAAAUCAGGAGUUUUCGUUAGUUUAAACUCUGUAAUCGAGUGGUUAUCUGUCAUGACUCUCUCAGGGUACGAACAGAACGGUCAGCUCGAUAUUCAUCUUUCAGUGUAAGUCACAUUCAGGAUUGACCUUCAUGUAAAACAAACAAAUUGUGAAGCAUAUGAACCAAUAUACCUAGAAUAAUUUCAAGGUAUUUCAUACAUUGUCAUAUCAAUUUUAUGACAAUGCACCUAGGAUACUUUCAAGGUAUUAUAUGAAUGAGUAAUAGUUAGAGUUAGAUUUAGAGUUGAAGGUACAUGUUAGAUUUUUUUAUAUAGAGUUAGAGUUAGAAAUUUUAAAGAAAUUUCUAAUUUUCAUGAAAAAGUGAAUUCGAUACUUACUCGAAUUUAACUGAUAUCACCCUUGAAUUAUUAUCAAGAAUAUAAAAUAAUAACCUCACUAGAGGUUUUUAGAUUUAGUAUAAAUAUUGGGAAGCAAAUUAACCAAUGUACCUAGAAUACUUUCAAGGUAUUAUAUGAAAAUAUAUUAGUUUUUUUUAAAUAAUUUCAUAAUUUUUAUGGAACAGUGAAUCCUUACUCGAAUUUAACUGAUAUCACCCUUGAAUUAUUAUCAAGAAUAUAAAAUAAUAACCUCACUAGAGAUUUUAAGAUUUAGUAUAGCCUAAAUAUUGUGAAGCAAAUUAACCAAUGUAACUAGAAUACUUUCAAGGUAUUAUAUAAAAAUAUAUUAGAGUUUUUUUUAAGAAUUCCAUAAUUUUCAUAAAAAAAUGAAUACCUUACUCGAAUUAAACUGAUAUCAUCCUUGAAUUGUUAUCAAGUAUAUAAAAUAAUAACCUCACUAGAGGUUUUAAGAUUUAGUAUAGCCUAAAUAUUGUGAAGCAAAUUAACCAAUGUACCUAGAAUACUUUCAAGGUAUUAUAUAAAAAUAUAUUGGAGUUUUUUAAAGAAUUUCAUAAUUUUUAUGAAAAAGUGAAUUCCUUACUCGAAUUUAACUGAUAUCAUCCUUGAAUUGUUAUCAAGAAUAUAAAGUAAUAGCCACAUUUAAGGUUUUUAGAUUUAGUUUAGGUUCUGUUCUUAAUGUGAUCAAUAUAAUAGUCCAGUCAAAUGGUCGUUUUUCAGGAAACAGCCCCGAAAGAAUUUUUCUCGACGUUUUUAUAUGUAUUUUGGGGCGCUGAAUUCGAAUCUGAAAUUUGCUGACACGCCAGAGGGCGGCUUCACCCCCAAAACCCCCAAAAUUUAGGACUUUUUUCAAUUUUCCCAUUUUAUCUCGUAAACCUUGAGUUUCUCAAGAAAAAUCAUUCUCGACAAAAUUAAAAAGAAUAACAUUUUCGAUAAAUUGAGUGGUCGCGCCGGAUUCUACCAUUUUUGGUUCCGGAGCUACGAAUUUUCAAAAAAGGGUAUUUUUCAAGGGGUUUUCAAAAUUAUGCAAACCUACCACUUCUACCCUAUACAACUUUGAUAUUUUUCCAGUAUAGAUAAAAAACCACACAUCACGUGAAAGAAAAAUUUAUUCAUUAUGAACAAAAUUCCUUAGGAAUUUCCGAAUUUAGUAGUGGGGGGAGGGGGAAUACAUCCAAAAAUAGAAAAUCAUGUCCUACAGCCAAAAUACAAAGAACAAAAGUACGGUACAUAAGAACAAAAUUUAUUUUUGAAUUAAUCAUUUUUAUGAAAAAGUGAAUUCCAUACUCGAAUUUUACUGAUAUCAUCCUUGAAUUAUUAUCAAGAAUAUAAUUAAUAGCCACAUUACAGGUUUUUUGAUUUAUUUUAGGAUCUGUUCUUAAUGUGAUCAAUAUAAGAACAAAAGUUAUUUCUGAAUUAAUCAUUUUUAUGAAAAAGUGAAUUCCUUACUCUAAUUUAACUGAUAUCAUUCUUGAAUUAUUAUCAAGAAUAUAAAAUAAUAACCACAUUACAGGUUUUUAGAUUUAGUUUAGGAUCUUUUUCUGAUGUGUUCAAUAAGAACAAAGGUAUUUCUGAAUGACUCGAUUCAGUUUAAGUGACUAUAGUGAACAUUAAAUCUAAAUCAGUAGCAGGUAACAAAUUGUUCUAAAAUUAAAUUGAUCGUUUUUAUUCUAUUCAUCAUUUGAAUUUGCACUCAUGUUUUGAGUCGUUUCAAGUAAUAAAUUAACUAGAAUUAUAUUAUUAGUGUAUUCUUAUAAAACUUUAAAGU